CAAAGAGCUGAUAUUCUUUGGCACAUUAUAAGACAUCAAGGAAAAUAGAAAACUCAUCAUGGACACCUUGGGAAAGACAAUCACAUGCCUGGCAGCCAUUGCCUGGAAAAAGAACUCUCUUUCACUUGAGAAAGUGGAGGUUGAACCACCAAAGGCUGGGGAAGUUCGUAUUAAGAUGACAUCUACAGGGAUCUGUGGUUCUGAUGAUCAUACUAUAAAAGGAAUAAUCUCAGUGAAGUAUCCCUUCAUCCCAGGCCAUGAAGGAGCUGGAAUUGUGGAGAGUAUUGGCGAAGGAGUGAGCUCAGUGAAACCAGGAGAUAAAGUCCUCACACUUGCUCUUCCACAGUGUAGAGAAUGCAGUGCCUGCUUGCAUCCCAAGGGAAACUUCUGUGAGAAGCAAGACCUUCUGCCCUCUUCUGGAUUAAUGCUGGAUGGCACAAGCAGGUUUACCUGCAAAGGAGAAAAGAUCUACCACUCUUUCCGCACAAGUACAUUCACCGAAUAUACUGUUGUGCCUGAGAUUUCGGUGGUAAAAAUUGAUGCUGCUGCUCCCAUGGAUAAAAUUUGUAUCAUAAGCUGUGCAGUGGCUACAGGAUAUGGGGCUGCUGUUCACUCGGCCCAGGUCACUCCUGGUUCUACCUGUGUGGUCUUUGGACUUGGAGGAAUCGGCUCAGCUGUUGUCAUGGGCUGUAAAGCCUCUGGUGCUUCUAGAAUCAUUGGAGUUGAUAUCAAUGAGGAAAAAUUUCCUCGGGCAAAAGCAUUAGGGGUCACAGAUUUUCUCAACCCUUCGAAUCUCAAGAAGCCCGUCCAGGAGGUGGUCAAUGAGAUGACAGGCACCGGUGUUGACUUUGCCUUUGAGGCCAUCGGACUCACAGAAACCAUGGUUGCUGCUUGGGACUCCUGCAACCUAAGCCAUGGUGUCUGUACAAUCAUUGGGGUGUCUGCACCAGAUUUAAAGCUUUCCCUUUCUGCUGUAGAAGUUUUCACUGGACGGACACUGAAGGGUACGUGUUUAGGAGAUUAUAAAACCAGAGAUUGUUUUCCCCAACUAGUGACUGCUUACCUACAAAAUAAAAUUAAUAUAGAUCCAUUAAUAACCCACCAGUUGCCUUUUGACCAACUCCACAAAGCUUUCGAGGUGUAUCAUGCUGGAAAAACGUGAGUGUUUUCUUUGAUGAACUUCUGUACCCUGAACUCACAGAAAAAAUGACUUCUCAAACAUUCCUAAGUGGUUUUGUGAAAAAAAAGUUGACUACCUGAAGACCUUCAAUAUCUUUCAUAUACUCUACCCUAUUUCCUGUUGUCACAAGGAUAAGAAAAGGUUUU